AAGUCGGAGGGAUGACCUUGAGGCCUUGGGUCACAUGUUCAUGUAUUUCCUCCGGGGUAGUCUCCCUUGGCAGGGACUAAAAGCUGACACACUGAAGGAACGCUACCAGAAGAUUGGGGACACAAAGCGAAACACUCCCAUUGAGGUUCUCUGUGAGAACUUUCCUGAGGAGAUGGCCACCUAUCUAUGCUAUGUCCGGCGGUUGGAUUUCUUUGAGAAGCCAGAUUACGAAUACUUGCGGACCUUGUUUACGGAGUUGUUUGAACGAAAAGGAUAUACCUUUGAUUACUCGUACGACUGGGUUGGCAGACAGAUUCCCACACCGGUGGGGUCGGUCCACGUGGACUCGGGGGCAUCUGCCAUCACGCGUGAGAGCCACGCACACAGAGACAGACCCUCCCAGCACCAGCCCUUAAGGAAUCAGACGGCCAUCUCCGACCGCAGAGGAGCUUGGGAGGUGCAGCCCAACCGCCAGACAAACUCCUCCUACCUGACCUCGCACCUGACAGCGGACAGGCACGGAGGCUCAGUGCAGGUGGUGAGCUCAACUAAUGGUGAACUGAAUGCAGACGACCCGCUGGCGGCCCACUCAAACGCACCAAUCACAGCACAGGCAGAAGUGGAAGUGGUGGAUGAGGCCAACUGCGUGAAAAUGCUCAACCUGUGGUGCUGCUGUUUCUUCAAGAGGAAGAGGAAGAAGAACACUCAACGGCACAAAUGAACCUCCGGCCUCUCCGCACAGUCCGUUCCUUUGGUUGUUUUUAGAGCGUUCAAAUAAAGAAAUUUUACAAGACGACAACAGCGAGCCCUCCAAUUGAGUUGGGGACCGAUGUACGAGGCAUGCACACGUUGUCUCUGUGGGGAUUGUCUUUGUUUCGUUUCGUUUGUUUUCUUCCACAUCUUAAUUUAGGCAGCGACGGGCCUCAUCCUCAGACUGUCUCUAGGAUCUUCACGCAAACCUAAGGAUCUCAAAGCACUGGAACAGCACUGCACUUCCUUUGCUGUUUUGCUUUUUUCGUUCCCCUCAUCCUCGGCGGUGGACGUGCUGUGGAGGAAGUCUCUGAAUGUGCCCUCUCGUCCUCUUCCUCCAUGACAGGCACAGUUCUAGCCCUUUGUGUGACAUAGAGGGAGGGAGAGAGACAAAGUCGCCCAUGCUGGAGCUCGAACCGCAGACCUUUUCCUCCCCCGAGCACCUCCCUGCCCACUUCCACUCCACACGAGACGAGACGGUAGCUUUUUGAUUUCACUUAACCCUUUUGAAAUGUUUGUUUGUGUAUUUGUUGGCUGAUUGUUGGUUCUCAUGCUGCCAGGAAGUGGUCGAAGCCUUAGAAUAUGACUAGCAGAUUUCUUCGUCGUAUCUUAUUGGAGUGAUUUAACGUACAUGGGCAAAGCGCAAAACAGAUAACUGUCGUAAUGACGCUAGCUGGCCUUUACACGUGAACUUUGUGAAAGUGUGACAUAAGCAGCUGUUUCCAGUGGUAACGAUGAGCGGCGCUCGUCAUGCGCGUCUCCGUUCCACUGACUAGUAUUUAAGCUGCUUGUUCUAAAGCACUCCUCCCACUUCAACCCACCAGCCAGUCAUGCUGCUUUCUCCUCUUACGAUAUCGUACUGCUUUGACGUACAGCUGGCUGCUUUUCUAUUGGCUGAGGUGGCCAGUAAGACUUUCCUUCUGCGUUUUUGUAUCUUUCGGUCCAUAUAGUCACUUAUUAUUCCCACGACCAGUUCCUAAUAGAUGUUGUUUUUUAUGCCUGAAAACUGCUAAUUCUUCAGGAUGAGAAUAACGUUUCAUGUGCCAGAGUGGCUUGGAAAACACCUCAACUUGGUCAUAUUAAACGAAAGAUGCCGCAAAUAAUGUUAUAAUGGCCAUUCGGCAGGCGUUUCCUUGUUUUAGUAGUUGUCGUGAGCUGGAACCUGGGAGGACGCAGACUGACGGUAGUGAUUGCCACUGCGAAACAUCUCGAUUUAAUGCCUUAACAUUACUCGGCAGAUACCACCUGCAAUAGGACAUUAUGAAACUCCUCCCAUGCCUUCAUACUGACCUGAUACGUGUCUCAUUCCCUUUAGGAACCUCGCUCGACAGGGUUCGAAUCAACAAAAUCGAACACAAAUCGGAUUAUGUGGCCGAAAACACAGGAAGACCCAUUGAAACGGCCUGUUCGUAAACUAUAUAUAGUGGCCAUAAGCGUAUUCUGAGAUGGGGCAGCCCUUGACCUCUUGCAUGGAUGAGGCGGUCCUUUCCUGAGCGCAAUCCUUAAGGCAGGAAUUACGUAAAAUGGGGUUAUAUGCGAAACGAUUACUGUAGUUCUGUUGUCGUCGUUUUUUGUCGCUCAUCUCAAGUCGUGAUGUUGCCUUGCUCAUUUUUUGGUUUCACCGUUCACUUAUUCACAGCAUUAAAUCCAUGUUUUUAUUUUGUGAUCUUUCUAAUGUAUAGCAAAUGUGAAUUAAUGUAAGAAAUUAUAUUAACUAUUAUUUUAUUUUAUUUUGAUCACCGUACAAAAGUUGAGAGAGAAGCCAUAGGAGUGUGUGACUGCACUAAAAUUUUCUUAGGCCCUCGUUUACGUCAGCCUGUGCGCGUUGCUGUAUGCUACUGACCUCUGAACUCGUCUUUCAUAAGUAACGGAGGUAAACGAGGCUGUUUGAAGAAUCUGUCAUGCCCAUUAUGUAUUUUGGAAAUCCCUCCUGAGGGCCUACAGAUGGCAUGCUUUGAAUGUUCCUACAGAAGCAGUGGAUAAAUGAGCGUGUUGGACCAAAUCGAUAUGGCAAAUGGGCACAGAUUCUUUAUUAGCAUGUUUCCACCUCUUAACUCAUCAGUUGAGUAAUCCAGCCAUCUGUUUCCACUCGUUUAUAUAUGUAAAUAGUAACUUGGUGAGCUCUCACUGACCCAUUCCUUUUUGGAUUCACCUUGUGGAACCAUUUCCACCGUGUAGGAACGAAAGUUGUGUUCAAAUCUCCGGUUGGCGGUUAUAGAGAGGAGUCAACCAACCGUUUUCGCAAAUGCGCAAAAAACGUUCCAUGUAUUUCUGAUGUGACGGUUAUUUAAUAGAUAUUCCUUAUGCUUGUCCACUGUGAUGCAAGUCACUUUGGGUCUAAAUUAUUCUGUGAAAAGUACUUGAAUAAUAAUACUCUUGAAAAAUUGUCUCGCACGUGCGUCGAGGCUGCAUUUUAUUUAAUGUUCUUCUCUUAACGAUAUGUAUUACGUGCCUCGCUAGAGUUGGAAGACGAUUUAGUAUUUCUGGAUGUGCACUGCUUGCUGUCGCCAGGUGCGUCUGGCUCUAAGAAGAAUGAUUUUGCAGGAUUUAACCCCUUAAUUCUUGUUGACGCUCUUCCCAAGUCAAAGUGGGAGGCCUUGGCUUGUUACGGAGCCGUCUGGAAUUGUUUUUCGGAUAUAAGUGGAAUGUGAAAUCGUUUAGUUUUGGAUUAACGGAUGAGGAAGCUAGUCCUACAUGCAGAUGUAAGAUGUACUUUGGGAUUAUGAGCGGACGGUGAUUAAGGCGCCAAUAGCUGGAUAAAAAUGACUCGUCCAUGUAAAACACUACACUGAAAUCACACUCUUAAUAUGCUAUUUGAAGUAGUUUGAUGAGGGAUGGCACAGACGUUAUUCCUUAUUACUGGAAUUUUGGAUAAUGCGAUCAUAAUGACUUGCUGGCUCUCUUGUCAACUGCAAGGUGAUGACUAUUUCAAACCAUUUUAAUCUUUAAUUUUCCCUUUUUUUAAGAUUGUACCAUAUGUUUUUGUACCUUUUUUGUAGGUUUUGUUUUAAUAAAGAUGGUGUUAUGGCCUUCUAAGUCCAUUUGACGUUUAAACACACAAUAAUUCCACAAAAGCAAUUGAUUCCCCAAAAGUCAGGCCGUUCAGGAAGCAUUCUGGGUCCUUUGGAGAGGUUUUUGUGUACCAUUCCAUUUCCUUUGAAUUGCCUUUGCUUUUGUAUCACGGUUCUGGUCACUUUACUGAGCUGCAGAUUUACAUACAGAGCGGUAAAUAGAGUUAUUCUCCUAAAGUUGAAGUUAGUGACAUUAAUGCAGAUUUUAUGUGCAUGGCUCUUGAGUCCCGAAAGCAAUGGAAACUACUUGUAAAUGGGGCACUGAAGAACAUUGUGGGCAUGAAGUUGAUACACUGUUAUUCUGUGGCUGCGUAAUGCCUUAAACAUGCUACUGC